AACAAUGUAAUAGAUUAUGGCCAGGGACAAAACCAGCCGCGCAGUCGUCUCUCCAUAGCUGUGUUGUCUCCGUGUUGUUUGCUGGCUUUUCCUCUUAUGUUCCUCACGAGGUUCAGCACCAUGAGCCAUCGCCUAGAUUAUCCCCUCACAAGGACUGGGGCCCUAGGUCUUGCCCACCUGCUUGCCCACGACAACGCAAAAGGCUAGCCCUGAGUUAGUCGGCUAAGGCCUCUCAUUCUCAGGCUCCCAAUAGCAGUUCCUGAUUCCUUUGCUCGUCUUCAGAGGCCAGGCCCUCCUUUGGAGAGUGGGGACGAACCGCACAAGCGUAUUCGCCUCUCUUGUUGUGGCCUCCCGACUCAGAUCUUAACGGUCCCACCACAUACUGAGCCUCGGGCAGUUUCAGGUCGAGUCCUUACGACGAGCACUCCCUCAGAUACUCUGCGUGUUCCAGUCUUCAGAGUUCAAGGAAAAGACCAAGGGUCAUGCGAGCUUGGCCCGUUUAUGACGGCCUUCAAAGCCCCCACUCUUGGGGUGGUGGGCCGCCCCGACAGGACAUCUGGACGUCUUCCUGUUAUGGAACUCCCCGCCACUCAGGUGCUUCGGGGCCCUAUGUAGGAAAAUCAGAUGAAUACGUCAAAAGUAGAACGACUAAAGCCCCUAGCGGAAUAUUGGGCCACAUGGAGACGCUUGCCCGACAUCUCACAGUGGGUACUACGUACCGUUCGACAUGGUUACACCAUCCAAUUUUGGAAAGGGCCACCUCCUUUCAGCAAGGUUCUUCCUACGACGGUAUGUCCUGGGGAGGCCUCGAUUUUAAGUCAAGAGAUUGUGUCACUCCUAGAGAAAGGGGCUGUAGAAGAGGUACCCCCCACUCAGAUUGUGUUGUUGUGCCCAAAAAAAGAUGGUGGUUUAUGUCCGAUUUUGGACUUGCGUUGUCUAAAUCUUGCGCUCAGAGUGAGCAAGUUCAAGAUGCUAACAGUGAAGUCCAUUCUGACUCAGAUCCAAUCUGAGGAUUGGUUUGUAACCAUCGUUCUAAAGGAUGCAUACUUUCACAUUCAGAUCGUCAAGAGACACAGGAAGUUCCUCAGGUUUGCUUUCGAGGGCAAGGCUUACCAAUUUUGUGCCCUUCCAUUCGGACUAGCUUUGGCUCCUCGAAUGUUUACAAAAUGUAUGGAUGCAGUUCUGGAUCCCCUUGUGACUUUGAACUACCUGGAUGACUGGCUAAUAUUAGCUCAAUCUCAGGAUCAGGCACUGUCACAUCGAGAUUUAUUACUCGAUCAUCUGAGGAGCCUUGGGUUACUGACGAACCUACAAAAGAGUGUCCUGCUGCCGUGUCAGCAAACAACCUUUUUGGGGGUGGACUUGGAUUUGUGCAUGAUGCAGGCACGUCUGUCUCCCGCACGUGUACAGUCAAUACAGGCUUGUCUAAGUCAGUUCAAGGCAGGGCAUCUAGUGCACGUAGGCUUAUGUCUCAGACUGUUGGGUCUGAUGGCAGCAGUGUCCCCUGUAGUUCAGUUGGGCCUGCUCCACAUGCGACCGUUUCAGUGGUGGGCAAAGAGCCAAAACCUUUCACCGUGUUGUCAUCCGCUUUGCAGAAUUACAGUGACACGCAAGGGCUUUCGUGCUCUAAGCCCGUGGGUGAGACCCCAGUUCCUUCAAAAAGGAGUCCAACUGGGGACGUUGUGUCUUUGCAAGACGAUCACUACGGACGCGUCCCUUAUGGGUUGGGGGUGGUCAGGUCGCCUGAACUCAGGAAAAGACUUGCUGUCGAGACAGAGUCUGGAGGAGGGAGAAUGGAGAUUGCACCCCCAGGUGGUGGAUCUCAUAUGGCAAAAGUUCGGCCGAGCGGAAGUGGACUUGUUUGCUUCAAGCAUGACUACGCACUGCCCGCUCUGGUUUUCCCUGUCUCCCUCAUCGCCUCUAGAUCUAGAUACUCUGGCCCAUGAAUGGCCCAGGACCAAUCUUUAUGCUUUUCCCCCUGUCCGGUUGCUCCCAGUAAUUCUGUUCAGAGUACGAUCAGACAGAGUGGAGCGUUCAGAGACACGAUCUAUUCACACAGGCUCAGGGCAUGAUUUGGCAUCCUCGACCGGAAUUAUGGAGGUUAUGGGUGUGGCCCCCGAACAGAGUACGCUAAUGUGUUCAGGUCUCUCGGCCGAGAUCACCAACACUAUUAUAAAUUCUAGGGCUCCCUCCACGAGAUGCUUAUAUGCUUUCAAGUGGAAACUUUUUGCCUCUUGGUGUAGACAACGCUCUCUAGAUCCAUUCUAUUGUCCCAUAGGUUCAGUGCUGGAAUUUCUUCAAAGUCGUUUUUCUGAGGGAGUUACCCCCGCCACUCUUAAGGUGUAUGUAGCGGCCAUAUCUGCGGAGCAUGCUCUCGUAGGAGGUGUUUCAGUAGGUCGUCACCCCUUAGUCUCCUGUUUUAUGCAGGGUUCAAGAUGGCUUAGGCCUUUCAACCUCCCAGCACGAGUUCCUUCUUGGGACUUAUCGAUUGUUUUGGAAGACCUGAAAGGCCAUUCUUUUAAACCAUUGGAGUCUGUGUCAGAGAAACUUUUGACCCUCAAGAUGGUUCUUUUGGUGGCUUUAUCCUCCCUUAAGAGAGUAGCUGAUCUGCAGGCUCUCUCCAUCAGUCCUUCAUGUAUGGACUUUGCCCCAGGGCUGGUUAAAGUCUUUUUGCGACCUAGGCCUGAUUAUGUUCCGAAUGUCACUUCGAAUCCGUUUCAUUUCCAGCAGUUGGUCUUAGAGGCCUUCUCCCCUGCUAAUGCAGGGUCGGAUAGGCUGAGUCUGUCUAGUAAGGGCUCUUAGGAUCUAUGUCAACCGCACAGCUCAGUGGCGUGGGUCUGACGGUCAGUCAGACUCUGACCAGUUGUUUGUAUGUUUUGGUGGUAAGAGCAGAGGUUCUGCAGUCACCAAACAGCACAUGUCACACUGGAUGCUAUCUCACUGGCCUAUGAGGCGCGUGGCUGGACUUUGCCUCUAGGGGUGUGCGUGCUCAUUCUACAAGAGCAGUGGCUUCUUCAAAGGGUCCUCAUUGGAAGAUGUUUGUGCUGUGGCAGGAUGGUCCUCCCCUAUCACCUUCAUCAAGUUCUACAGUUUCGACGUGAGGUCGGCUCCUGGCUCCCGGGUCUUAUCCGCUUUCCUUGGUCUUCCAGCUAUCUAAGCUACAGCCACUGAGACUGUGAAGCUACCAAUUGCACCCCUUGCUUGACUGUUCAAGGUGACACAAUGAAGUUGAGGGCAUGGAUGCUGACAUUGGAAGGACAAGCUGAUUUCAUCACUGGCUGCCAUUUUUGCCAUUUCAAUUUGAAGUAUGUUGAAGAUGAUUCUUGCACUCUGGAAUUCAUCAAAGGUACUGGGCAUCAAUCCAGAGAAAGGCACAAACUCAGAGAGGCAGAGAGGACAUAUCAGCCUCUGCAAGUCUGUACACUGAUCAGGAAACUCACUGACUUUGAAUGGAUGUCAAUCUAGUGUGUAAGCAAUGUUCCAACACCAGAAUUCACAAACCAAACUUUGGCUUUGUGUUAAGUAAGCUAGAUGUAGUCAUGUAGUAAGAUGAUCCCUGAAUAUGUUCUAUAGUGUGUCCUGGUUCAGUGGAGAGAAGCAUGAUCAUCUGAACCUCUUUGCUGGAAAGUUUAUACAGGAUUUAUUAAACUGCAAAAAAAAAAAAAAAAAAAAAUGGUGUAACAGUUGAUUGUUUUGUGUUUAUUUGAAUUGAACAUAUAUUUCCAGUGUUAUAGGUUAUUGAUGGGUUAAGGGGAGACACU